AGCAACAACAGAGUUUGCUGUCUUCACUACUCUCAGCUUAGGCCAACCUGGACUCCUUCAACCCAAAUGAGGUGGCCCCUACAUUUUAUAUGAAGGCUCUGAUUUACCAUACAGCAGUGAUCCAUCUGGUAACAUGCCAUUCCAAUACAGACUGGAAGAGAAAACUGAGCAACAGAGAUAAAAUACAGUGUAUUCCCAGAAUCCACAUUGUAGAAACAGGAUGAAACUGACCAGUGAGAAGUUGCCCAAAAACCCUUUCUCUCUAUCUCAGUAUGCUGCUAAACAACAAAAAUUCUUCCAAUGGAAGAAGGAAAAGCCUGAUUAUUACCGCCACGCUAAUUUGGUGGAUACAGCAUUGCAGUUCCUGAAAGAAAGAAUAAGAAGAGGGGAUGCUAUGGCAUAUUUUCUAAGAGGCCAACUCUAUUUUGAAGAGGGAUGGUAUGAAGAAGCCUUAGCACAGUUUGAGGAAAUCCAGGAGAAAGACCAUCAAGCAAUUUAUCAGCUAGGAGUGAUGUAUUAUGAUGGGCUGGGGACCACCGCAAAUGCUGAAAAAGGAGUGAAGUAUAUGAAGAAAAUCCUCGAUUCUUCAUGCCCCCAGACAAUACACUUGAAAUUUGCUGCUGCUUACAACCUCGGAAGAGCUUAUUUUGAAGGAAAAGGGGUGAAGCGAUCAGACGAGGAAGCAGAGAGACUGUGGCUGUUUGCUGCCGACAAUGGAAACCCAAAAGCUAGUGUGAAGGCGCAAAGUAUUCUAGGAUUGUUUUAUUCAAUGAAAGAGCCCAAAGAGUUAGAAAAGGCUUUUUUCUGGCAUUCGGAAGCUUGUGGCAAUGGAAACCUGGAGUCCCAAGGUGCACUUGGCCUCAUGUACUUCUACGGACAGGGAAUCCGCCAAGACACAGAAGCCGCCCUGCACUGCUUGCGGGAAGCCGCUGAGCGAGGGAACGUCUACGCGCAGGGGACUCUAGUGGAGUACUACUACAAGAUGAAGUUCUUUACCAAGUGUGUUUCGUUUUCCAAAAGGAUAGCGGACUAUGAUGAGGUUCACGACAUCCCCAUGAUAGCCCAUGUCACGGACUGUCUCCCAGAGUUUAUCAGCAAAGGCAUGGCCAUGGCGUCUUUCUACUAUGCUCGGUGUCUCCAGCUUGGCUUGGGCAUUACAAAAGAUGAAGCAUCUGCCAAGCACUAUUAUUCUAAAGCUUGCCGUCUGAACCCUACACUGGCAGAUGAACUUCACUCCUUACUUAUUCACCAGAGAAUUUAGACCACAAUGCAUUCCUUCAAAGAAUUUAGACCACAAAGCAUUUCAACAAAGACCAUCAAUUCUAAUUUGAAACAAUGUGUGUUAAAUAUUCACAGCAGCAACGUCUGAUCCCUGUUAUAUUAUCUGGGGUAUUUUACAAAAAUUUUAGUUUUGUUACUAUAUUUGUAUUCUGCAAUUUUUACAAACUAAAAUUUAGACACCAAUCAAAUUGCUGGGAAGAGUAUUCAGAGACCAGUCUCUUAGCUUGUAGAGUGGCCUGGAUUGUAUGAAUUUGAAAGCAUGCCAAGAGCAAAUACCUCUUUACCUUAUUAAAUGCAGUGUCUGUAACUACUUAGUACAAAUUGAGUUUUGUGAUUUCCAAAGUAUAUGUGCUGCCAACUUAAAAACAUAAUUUGAAAGUUUAGUUCUUAUGUUUUCUUUAGCACUUGUUAAGUUUUAUGAAUUUUGCUAAUUUAAAAUACAUUUAGUCAUCUAAAAUUUUUCAGAAAUUAAAUGAAGGCCAAAGAAAAUUUAACAAUUAGACUUUCAAAUCCUUUUUGUACAAAGUGUAUGGUGUUUCUAUAACUUAUUUAAAGAUUCUUAUAGAUAAUUGGCUAAUUUGUAAAUUUAAAAAAAUUAUUUAGUAUCAUGUCCCUCCAAAUAUGCCCUCAAAGAUCUUAAUUUAACGAACCAUUAAGACCCCUAGAUGAAGAAUUAUAGCAAUAUGCUUUUGUUUGAAUUCAUUUUCUACAUUUUUUGUAAAUCCUAGAAACAUUUGUAUACAAGAUAAAAUAUGGAAAAAUCUCAUAAAAAGUAUUAACCUAAGAACUACAUCUAAAUAUUGUUUUGUAAUCUAGCCUAAGAAAGCAUACUUAUAAAAGAUUUUUUAAUAAGCAGAUUUUUAGGUUAGCACACAAAGAAAUGGAUUUCAUUAAGAUAUCCUCAUAUGUGUGGUCUCACCUUGUCCCUCACUGCCCUCCCUCCCUUGGGUCUCACCCCCACAGACAGCCCCUCCCCUCCCUCACUGCCCCCCUCCUUGAGCCACACCCCCACAGAUAGCCCUCCCCUCCCUCAGUUACCUCCCUCCUUGAGCCACACCCCCACAGACAGCCCCUUUCCUUUCCCCAGCUAAUCUCCCCUUCUCCUAUACUUAGUUCCCGCCUCCCUCAGGAUUGUCUCCUCUUAUGCUCCUCUAUUCUCAUGAGCUAUAAAUACACACAGAUAAAUACAAACACUGCUCUAUACAUACACACAUCUUCAAAUCUUGGCUCCAUGUCAGAGAAAACAUGCGUUUGUCCUUCAGAGUCUUAUUUAACAUAAAGGCUUCUAGUUCCAUCCAUUUUCAUGAAAGUAUGUCGUUUUUUCCUUAUGGAUGCGUCAGAUUCCACUGCACUGGCUUCACCGUUUCCUCCUCCAUUCAUCUGUAAAUGGACAUGUAAGCCGGUUCAUUUCCUAGCUACUGUGAAUAGUGCAGAGAUAAACAUGGAUGUUUAUCUCUGUGGUGUGUGGUCCGAAUCCUUUAGACUCACACCCAGGAGUGAUACAGCUGGGCAACAUGUAGUUAAUUUUGCCCAUCUACUUGGUUGGUAAUUCUCGGUUUUACUGUUUAAUUUUUGUAGUUCUUUGUAUAGCAUAGAUGUUAAAGUUAUUAUUAGUUGUGGAAGAAUUUUUCCUAUUUUAUAGAUUUUCUCGUCACUCUCUCCUUCACUUUGAAGAAACUUCUAAAUACUUAUGAAAUUAAUUAGCAGACAUUUUUCCUUAUGUUUGCGACACACAUCUAAAUAUUGUAUAAAAAUUAAAUUAGCAGGCUAGGUGGCAACUGGAAGGCAGAGGCAGGUGGGUAUCUUUUGAGUUUGAGGUUAGCCAGGGGUAUAAGGAGACUCUCAGAAACAAAGAAAGAAAAUGUAAUUAACAACAGUCUGUCUUACUGUCAGUGAAAUCUACUAAAGAAAAUGGUGACAGGGAAAACAGUAAAAGUUAUGUUUUAAUUGUGUAGUACCAUAUUUGUGAAAACUAUGUUUCAUGUAUUAAAAACAAUAGGUUUUAAGGUUAUCUUAAUUCCCCUUUUGUCAGCAUAUUAGCUGGUGUGACUUUAUUUAUAAAUCCAAUGUCAUUUUCCUUUGAAAAAUUAAAUUUUAUUUUAUGUGUAUG